ACGCUUGGCACAUCCCUUCGACCAACUUGAAUCACCAUUGGUUCCACGGAGUACAAGGGAGGGGUGUAAAAGGAAACAAAUCAUGACAUAGGAAGAGCAACUCGUGUUAUCCACCAGCUCCCCCGCUUUGAACGGGUCGAUCAUCCCAUACGGGCGCAUGAGGACCUAUCGAAUCCAAAGUCCAAAAUUCAAAAUUCAGAAGCUGAUUCUCCCAAAGUUACCACUCACGUCGAUGUUUCUUUUUCUGUUUUCUUUCCCUAUCUUCUCCUUGACCCCCUUUCGUGCGGGAUACUACCGCGAACUUCGCUCCUUGUUAGAGAUUACGGGCCCAUCCCCCGCUGAUCGCACAAAGUGAAGAUUUUCCCAAGGGGGGAAAUGGCCGACGACAAUAACCUCAAGACGAGCCAUAUGGCCAUCGUCUUGGGCAUUGGACUCGGUGUGGUACUGCUUAUUGUUUUAAGCUUGGUAUUGACGAUUGUCAUUAACCGGCGCGAUCGCCGCUCAUUCUUGCGGUCAAGGAAAAAUCCCGAUGAGCGACUGGCCAGUUUAGAUGCGGUAUCACCGACCCGGACAUUGGAGCAAUGGUGGACCAUGACAAAAGGCAAAAUGGGCCUUUCAGAGGCGGUGGAUGGCCAGUUUGUUUGUGCGGUGUGUCUGGAACAAGUGGAUCGUUCCGAGGAGAUACGGGAGUUGCGCUGCUUACAUGUUUUUCACCGAGAAUGCUUGGAGAAAUGGUUCUUAGGUGAUCAUUACAAUUGUCCGCUGUGCCAUCGUGCCUAUUUCGUUGCGGAGACGCCGCCACGACAUGAUUAUGUGUGGAUGGUAUGAUCUUGGGACAACGGGG